AUGCUGGUUGAUAACAAGACUUCACUAUUCUCUGAAGCGUUAAACUUGGGGUUAUUAAUUCACUUGACAAUCCGUUUGAACCUUAGCAAUUUCAAGAGAAAAAAGGCUAAACUACAUAGGUUAUCUCCACUUUCACGAGAAACGCGUAAAAUAAACUGUGGAAAGAAUUUUACUAGGAAUCUACAUUCCAAUGAAGAACAAUUGCCUAACCCUGCAAAAUUAUUAUGGCAAACACAAGAAUCAUUAUCAGACCAUAUUAAUGAAUUAGAAAUCACUGAUUCGGAGGACGAUGAUUCUUCACAAAACGGUUCAGAAUGGCGUAAAAGUUUUAUCGAAACGAUUAUGGAAAUUGAGUCUAACGGCGGAUUGAUUGAAAGUGAUUACCCCAGGAAUCCUUUUAUCGUUAUGUCAGAAAAUUCAGACAAAGACGAUGAUUUAUCAUGUGAAGCAUCGCGCUCUUCACAAUGUGACUUGCUAACGCGUUCAAGGCGCGAACAAAAUCCUUCGAUUAUAAGAGAUUCCCCAAAUAACCCGUUCCUCUCACCGCCUGCUAUUGGAUCGGGAAAUAAAGUCAAUGAAUAUCAAUUCGCACAAGUAUUCCGUGGUGUACGUUAUCCGGUUCCACCAACGUAUUAUGAUCACCCUUAUGGCGAAGAUGAUCUUAUUGACAAUGGCACGCUUCGUUCAUUCGGAAAGUCCAUUAAACCACGAUGUAUAUUACCAUUAUUACAAGCGGAGGCUGAGAGAUCAACAUCUGUCAUUGAUUUUGGUGACGGCGAAGAAAUGCGCUAUGUAAAUAAACCUAUAACAGUAAAAAAUGUAACGGAUGUGACGAACAUUAGUGACAUGAAUAAUGAGAUUGAAGAAGAGUCUGAUGAUUCAUCAGCUCCAGAAUCCGAUUCUCAGAGCACAAGAAUAACAGACUAUGCUAAACGAGCUAAACGUUAUCGAUAUUAUCCAUAUACUAAAUCAACAGCUACCAAUCCUCGGACAACAAAUAACGAGAUGGAAAAUUGA